AUGGUUUUUUCUCUCUGCAAUGAAGGUUUCUUCAUGUUUAUGUUUCUUCUUCUUCUUCUUCCUUACUCCCUUUCAGUUUCUGAAACAUUACCACCAUUGCUUGGCCAAGGAAAUGAGACAGAUCGGCUUGCUCUUCUUGACUUCAAGAAUAGAAUCACUUCAGACCCUCUGAAUAAGAUGAUGGAUUCAUGGAAUGAAUCCAUUCAUUUCUGCAAUUGGUUUGGUGUCACUUGCAGCCCAUCCAGCGGGAGGGUCAUUACCCUGAGUUUGUCUUCUCUGAGUCUGGUUGGCACCAUCACUCCAUCAUUGGGCAACCUCUCCUUCCUAACCGAAGUCGAUCUAGGGGACAACAGCUUCAGUGGCGAAAUCCCACAAGAAAUUGGCCGCCUACAAAGGCUACAGUCUCUUAAUUUAUCAAAUAAUUAUCUUGGAGGGAAUAUCCCAACCAACUUAACUAGCUGCAGGGAGCUCAAGGUCCUUGACUUAAUCUAUAAUGGACUUGUUGGUGAGAUACCAAAUGAGUUGAGCCCACUCUCAAAGCUUCUGCUUUUAUAUCUUGCAAAUAAUAAGCUAACAGGGAAAAUUCCAACUUGGAUUGGGAAUUUUUCAUCUCUACGUAGCAUCUCGCUACCCCGGAAUAAUUUCCAAGGAGGCAUACCACAAGAGCUUGGGAAACUCUCCAAGUUACAGUUUUUACAAUUAUCUGCUAAUGAGUUGGUAGGCACGAUUCCACCCUCUAUUUACAAUAUUUCCACCAUAUACAUUUUCUCUGUUACACAGAACCAGCUACAUGGAGAGCUUCCUCAAGAUGUCGGCCUCAAGUUUCCAAAUCUUCAACUUUUUCUUGGGGGUUACAACAGCUUCACGGGGCAGAUCCCUCCUUCAUUGCAAAAUUCAUCGGCUCUUCAGGAACUUGAUUUUACUGACAAUUUUCUUAAUGGGACUAUACCAACAGGUUUAGGAAGAUUGCAGAAUUUGAAUAGGUUCAACUUUGAGAAUAACAGGCUUGGAAACGGCAAAGCUGGCGAUCUAGAGUUUUUGGCUUCCUUGGCCAACUGUUCAGCCUUGCAAGCUCUUGGUUUGAAAGGGAACUUGUUUGGAGGAUCUUUGCCUAGCUUCAUAACCAAUCUCUCAACCAAUAUGCGAUAUCUUACACUGGGUUCAAACCUAUUAAGUGGGACAUUGCCUGAUGGAAUAGGAAACCUAUUUAACUUAAACGGUCUUGGCUUAGAAUCUAACAGAUUUAAUGGAACAGUGCCACAUGACUUGGGGAAACUUCAAAACUUAGAGGGUUUGUAUUUGGACGACAAUAGAUUUUCCAACUUGAUUCCAUCCUCUCUUGGGAACCUAACAGCACUAAUCAUAUUGUAUAUGGAUCGUAAUAUGCUACAAGGAAACAUACCUCCAAGCCUAGGAAACUGUACUAAGUUGCUGGAAUUAACCUUGAGUAGAAAUAGUCUUGGUGGAAGCAUACCAAAAGAAAUCAUGGGUUUAUCUUCAUUGUCGAUUUCUUUAUCAUUAGCCAACAAUCAGUUAACUGGGUCUAUACCCUUUGAAGUGGGCAAGUUGAUAAACCUAAAGGAGCUUCACAUUUCAGAUUCCUCCAUCUAUCAAAGACUUGAAAGGUUUAGUUCAGUUAGAUAUUUCCCACAAUUUCUUGAAGAAAUAAGGAGACUAGAGAUUCUUGAUGUCUCUUAUAAUGAUCUACAGGGUGAAGUCCCAACUGGAGGAAUAUUUAAGAAUGCCAGCCAAAUUACUCUACUUGGAAAUGAGCAUCUCUGUGGUGGAAUCUCAAACUUACUCUUGCCUGCUUGUCCUCCUAAGACGGCUGAUUCCUCGAGGAAAAAUACCACACGCAGGACGGUAAUUAUUGUAGUUAUCGUUAUAGUUUUGUUUGCCUUGUUGUCUUCUGCGAUUAUAUUUUGCAUAUGGAAGAGAACUAAGAAAACCCCUUUAACUACCUCCUCUGAGAAUGAACUGGCGAAGGUGCGUUUUAUUUCUUACCAAGACCUUCUAAGAUCUACAGACGGGUUCUCUACCAGUAACUUAAUUGGUUCGGGUAGUUUCGGUUCUGUGUACAAAGGAUCCUUACCAAAUGAUGGAACUGUUGUAGCCGUUAAAGUACUAAACUUGCAACAACAAGGAGCUACAAAGACCUUCAUUGAUGAAUGCAAAGCUUUAAAAUGCAUUAAGCAUCGCAAUCUACUGGAUCUAUUAACAGUUUGUUCCAGUGUGGAUCAUCAAGGUAAUGAGUUCAAGGCUCUAGUUUAUGAGUUCAUGAUUAAUGGGAACCUAGACCAAUGGCUGCACCCUGAAGACCAAAAUAAGAAACUGAACAUGAAACAUAGACUAGACAUAGCGAUGGAUGUAGCCCAUGCCCUUGAAUAUCUUCAUUAUCAUUGUGAGACGCCCAUAGUUCAUCAUGAUUUGAAACCUAGCAACGUAUUGCUAGACCAAGACAUGACGGCUCAUGUUGGUGACUUCGGAUUGGCUAGCUUUGUCUUGGAAGCAUCUAAUGGCCAGAGCAUUUCAGAGGGCUUGAAGGGUUCAAUUGGGUAUAUUGCUCCAGAAUGUGGGUUGAGAGUACAAGUUUCAACAUUUGAAGAUGUUUACAGUUACGGGAUACUCUUGUUGGAAAUGUUUACUGGAAAGAGACCGACUGACGACAUGUUCAAGGAUGGACUCGACAUUCACAGCUUUGUGGCCAUGGCAUUGCCUGAGAACGUGAUGAACUUAAUUGAUCCAUCUUUACUACUAGAAGAGGCAGAGGAGGAGGAGGAAGAGACUUACAUCGAUAAUAGAAUUGAAAGGGUCUUACAAGAGAGGGCCAUGGCCAGUAGGUUUCAGAACAGAGCUAAUAAUACUCAUUUGAUGGAAGAAAGCUUGAUAGCAGUGAUGAGUAUUGGAGUUUCAUGUUCAAAUUCAUUACCGAGUCAAAGGAUGGCUAUGGAUGUUGUCACAAAGAAACUGCGUGCUAUCAGAGAUUCAUUUAAUAAGCUUUGAAAUAAAAGAAUGUA